AUGGUUCUGUUGUUUGAUCAAAUAUAUGAAAGGAUGCUGCUGGAUGCAAUAUGUGAAAGGCUUAAACUUGCCUUAUGCACUGAAGGCACAGUUCUAGUGCGUGAAGGUGAUCCUGUUAAUGAGAUGCUCUCCAUAAUCCGCGGAUACCUUGAUUGGUACAUCGCCAACGGUGGACGAACUGGAUUCUUCAACUCAUGUCGCAUUACUCCUGGAGGCUUUUGUGGUGAGGAAUUGCUUACAUGGACUCCUGUUCAGUUUGAGUCUGAUUCGUUGAUUGUAUCUUCAUUGUUGAAUCUUACUCAUAAGUCAUAUCGGCGAUCGGUUAUACUCAUUUAUGAAGCAUUGAAAUUCUCUACGUCGUGUCUUCUUCUUCUUCUUCUUCCUCUUCCUCUUCCCUCUGUUAGCAACUAUGAACAAAUUGAUGGAAAUUACCAGUCAAGCCCCGCCGCUUCUCUCUGUGGGAGGGCAUAA